CUAUGGUCAAAAUUCAGUAAAAUAUUUCGUCGACAACACGAGAAUUAUAAAAAUUAAUCAUGAAAAUUCCUUACGUAGUUUCACCAAAUACUCGAAUAGCUUAUAGUACUUGUGAACAAAUGAAGGAUUCUGCUGGGGAGAUUAAUCGCAGGAUUAUGGCUGAGGAUUUCGAAUGGGAUGAGAAUUUGACUCCUGCCCCGCUCGCAUACCUCGCGUGCGUCGCAUUGUCGCGAGUAUUUCAUAGAAUCAACCCGCUGCCGUCCAUUUUACAGAAGGAUGUCGAUGAGCUAAUGGAUUUGUAUCCCGAUGAUAUCCCGUUGAAACAUAGCGUGCCAUACAUAAAGGAUGAACAAUAUUGGAUAAGAUCGUACCACUCAAAGUUUUCCUUGUGCCGUGACGUAGAAGUAGUGGAUUGGAAGGAAAAAUAUUUGUCCAAAUAUUUACAAGAUUAUCUAGAGAAUGCGAAUCCAGAUGUUUUUAUUGAGGAGGAUGCCGCUGAACUUGCUCAAUUGGUUAGCCCAUACAUCAAGAAGCUGGUCAUAGAACAACUAAAUGUUGUUCGCCAGCCAGAGCCCUCCAUCCCGUUGGACGACGAUAAGGUCGAAGAUGUAUGCCCAUUCAGCGUACCCAAAGUAUACGAUCACAUCCCACUGGAACCGGUGUUGCGAAACUUGAGGAACUUAGAGGAAAUCUCAUUGAUUUUCGGCAUGAACAACGUCGAAGAGUCGUACUUGCCUCGUUAUUUCAAGUUUUCUCUCGAGGACUGCGACUCUCUUUGCGGCGGCCUCAAGGAGCUACAGCGCUUGAGAGUGUUCCGCAUUAAUAGAAGUAACCUAGACUGUUCUAAAGCGAAGUUGCUGCUUCAGAACCUCGUCAAAAUAUCUAGUAUCGAGGAGCUGGACUUCAACCACUGUAGAAUCGGGGAUUACGGCAUGAAAGCCCUGGCCGGGUUCAUAAUGAUUCAUAAAAAUUUGAGAAUCGUCAGAAUAGCGAACAAUUGUUUCAAGGAGGUCGGGGUGCAGGGUAUUGCAUAUGCCUUACAAAUGAAGCCCGCUGCGCCUCUACAGCUGCUCGAUUGCAGCCUGAAUUUUUUCUCCGUGGAAUCUGCUUCUAAGCUGGCCGCCGCUUUGGUGAGAUGUAAAGAGAAGCCUCAAACAUUAAUCCUGAAUUCUUGUGGCUUUCACGGAGACUCUGCUGAAAAGAUUGUUGGAUUACUCAGUUUAAAUCGUGGGCUGACUCGUUUAGAUAUGGCUGCCAAUAAUUUGUCAGGGGCGGCCGAAAAAACAUUAAUUAUCUCCCUGGAGAAAAAUAGAAAGAUGCUGAAACUCGAUUUUCGUGGAACGCACAUAUCCACUGAAACCCAAGCUAGAGUGGACGAGCUGCUAGAACGUAACAGAGAACUGAUGCAUGUGAAGGUGGAAUCGAGUGAGGAGAUCCCUCCCCUCUACCUCGACGAGCCAGAGUACCUCGUGUGGGAGUACAACCCUGACAACCCCCACCAUAUCCCCGGCAAAUAUCCCCCCAGGAUACCACAAGUGUAAAAAGUUUUUUUACGAUGACAAAUAUUGCUGUAUUAAA